UUUGGAGGGGGGGGAAAGCCAACAGGGUGGGCUUGUAAGGCAAGAAUUCUGAUCCAGUUGAUCCCCACCAUAUGCAAAAACUGGGGGGGGGAUUUUAAAUGUUUUUUAAUUUUUUUUUAAAAAAAGCUUCUAGAACAAGGACUCAACAAAACAAUGCAAGGCAGGUUGCCAGGAUGGUGCUACCUGGCGGGCAAGGCGUUAGCAAGGAGCAAUCGUGGUUUGCUGCAAAGGAGAUGGCCCCGCCAAGUGGGCUUUUCGUUCACAAGUGACGCAAACCUGGGUCCGGCUGCAGAAAAGGACCCAAAGCUUAUCAAGGAGUGGACUUUGAUUGUCAGUCCUUUCGGUUUGCUGAAGGCGCGUCUCUCUUGCCACAUUACAGUGGGUCCCCUGGACCCACAUAAGUACCCCGAUUCUGACAAGGUAUUGGUUGCCCUUAAAGGGUGGGAUUCCAAUCCUGCCUCGGAUCUGCGUGUGAAUUAUGACGAGGCCCGGAAGGAGGUGAUGAUAAUCUCCAAUGGUGUGGACGGCACGUCUUCCGUGGAUGUGAGGACCCCUGUAAAAUUUGAUUUGGAUAUCCAGACAUCGGGAAAUGGUUCUGUGAAAAUUGAACAACUGGAAUGUGCUUCCUGCAACGUAGAAACGGAGAAGGGAGCGAGUGUAUUGAAGUCAAUAAAGAGUCAGAAAAUUGAUAUCCGAGCAAAAGGAGGAGACGUUACCUGUUUGGGAACUCUUCAAGGAAAUACUGAUAUUUCUGUAUCACAAGAAAGUAGUGUGAACGUUGAAAAGCUCCAAGGAUCAACCAUUAACAUUACAAGUGAAAAUGGUUUGCUCAAAGCUAAAUAUUUGUACGCCGACUCCUCGUUUCUGACCUCAGCGGCUGGCGACAUCUUACUGGGGAACGUCCAUGGUGAUAUUACCUUGGAGACCAAAACAGGGAGCAUCACCGUCGAUUGUUCUGAAGGAUCUUUAAAAGCUUUUACGCAUCGAGGAGAGAUAAAUGCCUACGUUCUUCGUCAAACCGGAGAAGUAAACCUGGUUUCUCAGGAAGGUUCCAUUAUUCUCAAGGUACCAGCAACUCUUCAAACUUCCUUGACAUUGUCUGGAACGAAGGUGGAAGUCAGUCCAGAGAUCCAAUUACAAGAUAUCCAGACUGCGUCGAGAGAAAAUCGUGUCACGGUGACAGGCCACAUGGAUCAAAAAGACGAAAAAGGAAAAUGUAUUAAAGCUGAGACACAAUAUGGCACAGUCCAUCUCAAAAGUCAAAGCUGGUUCCAAUCUUUGAAACUGAAGAUUCCUUGACAAUACUUACUUUAUGAAUAUAGACAGAACAAUGAAAAGUGACCACUUAAGAUUACACUUCCUAAUAAUAAAAGUGUGAAUGUUACUUCUUUGAAUUGGAGAAAUGUUCAUCUUUUUGAUAAGCUCAUUAAAGAGAGAUCCAAGCUGGAACUAAGGAGAAAUUUCCUAAC